AUGACCCUUGAAAAUAACGACGAGGUCCAGAAGCCACUCAUUUCAGAGGAAGAAAAGGACAUCUUUCUUGACACCACGGACGACUACAGCAUUGAUGCCCUCCGUCGAGAGAGACGGAGGAGGAUCUUCUCAAAGCUCGCCUCGUUGGCCCGACCUGCACAUGCCUAUAGACUAGGUAAACGUUUUGCGUACUGCUUCGUGCCACAGAUUCUGCGAACUCGAAUCUGGAACGAUGCAGCUUCGAAACCCAAAUUCUUUCCAACGAGCUAUUUGAACGGUUUACGUGGUAUCACAUCCGUCAAGGUCUUUACAUUUCACUACACAUUCGCUUUCAGUGACUUUGGCUUUGCACCAUGGGGAGUAAAUUCCGGUCACCGCUAUAUCUUGGAACUACCCAUUAUCCGCUAUUUCUAUUCAGGCUUCACCGCGCAUGUCUUCUUCGGUAUUGCCGGCUAUCUGACAACGUUACGGCUCUUCCAGUUGAUCGACAAACAUGACCAAGCAUCCCAGUCCAAGGUGCUUCAAACAGUAUCAGGUGCGGUCUUUCGUCGAGGCUUCCGACUAUAUCUUCCUGUCUUCAUAAUUACACUCAUUACGACGACAUACAUCCAUUUCGGCUUCUAUGAAGUCAAUCGACCGCUGUUGAUGGAUCGUGGAACACUGUUCCCUGGUGUUUGGAAUGAGCCCAAGCCCGAAAUGCUCCCCACCAUCUACGAACAAUUCCGCUUCUGGCUGCACGAAAUGUUCGACUUGACCAACCUACUGGAGCACGGUUCUGUUUACCCCUGGCACGACCAACAUCUAUGGUCAAUUUUGGCCGAGAUGCAGGGCUCUCUACAUCUAUACGCCAUCCUGGUUGCGACAGCACUUUGCCGGAGGCCGGUGCGUCUGAUAGUGAUGAUUGUCAUGAUCUACGUUUACUUUCUCUGGAACUGUUGGCAAAUAUGGGUGUAUAUACUCGGAGCAGUCGUGGCACAAAUCGACUUACUCUUGACCGAGCGUGAAGAAGACAAGAAGAAUUCGUUGGCGCUGGAAAAACUUCCACCUUCUCCUCCGCGGUCCCCGACAAGAGAAGAGAAACCAUCUGGCACCUUUUCCCGCUAUCGUCCUUCGAACCCUUUAACCUACUCCACCGGGUAUUCUGUACUUCGAGUAUUCGGAUUCUUGGUUGCAUUCUAUCUUCUCUCCUAUCCGAUUGAUGGAGCACGUGAUAAUGCGCCAGGGUAUAUGACGCUCAACAGUUUUAUUCCUGAAUGGAUGGAACGCAAGGACAAGUUUUAUCCCAACUUUGGGACUGCUCUCCUUAUACUUCUCUUGGCGCGGUCGGACCCAAACAAUUCUAUUUGGCGGUCCAUAUUGAACAGCGACCUGGCACAGUAUCUCGGCAAAAUCAGUUUUGGCCUAUAUCUGACCCAUGGUCCGGUUCUCCAUGCUUUUGGGUACAUGAUCCCACAUAAAGUGUGGCAUGCAAUGGGCACUGAAGGCAUUGAGACAACAAAUCUGCCAUGGAUAACUGCUAUCCUUAUUGGCUGGUCCAUCAGCCUUGUCUGCUGCCUUUGUGUUGCUGAUGUAUGGAAUAGAGAGGUGGAGAGUCGAUGUGUGAAGGUUGUGAAAAAAUUGGAAGAGUUUUGUUUUGCCCCUAAGAAAUAG